CGAGAUUGUGGAAAAUGUGCAAUAGUUGCCGGUUAAUGGAAUCAGAUUUUUUCAAUGCCUUCUAGAAUGGAUGAUGACUACAGAGCAUCUUAAUUCACAUUAUGGAUCAUACUAGGGGAUUUCUUAGUCUGAAAUUUGACAAUUGACCAAGAUGGACAGUGAAGAGGAACAUGAUCAUGACCAUGAUCAUGAUCAUGAUGGCGAAGGUACAGGGGCUGUGUCAUCCCUCACUGGUUUUCUGUUUGGGAACAUUGAUAAGAAGGGAGACCUUGAAGAGGAUUUCUUGGAUGAGGAAUCAAAACGCCAUCUUGGAUCCUUGAGUGCUCUUGGAGGAAUUGGAACCAUGGUGCGAGAGAUAACCGAGGACCAGGGAGCCACUGAGGGAGGGGAACAGGAGGAACCAAGCUUGAACUUUGAGAAAAAGGUGGCAGGAGCUGUAGAUUAUUCGGACAUUACAGAGAUGGCAGAUGAUGGGUCAGAGAGAGUACGGGAGGCCAUGAGUACUCUACACUCACUCAAGUCAAGUAAUGAAGAGGAUGACUAUGAUGAGGAUGAUAAUAAAUUGAUGCCUCCUCCCUCCUGGCUUCCAAACAAAUCAGGCAAGGUGGAGGGGGAAGGAGGGGAACUAGGUAGCCUUGGGAAUCAUGUUCAGACCCAAGCAAAGUCUGAAAAGGGUUCACCUGAUAGUUCAGACAAGUCCAAGUUUAAGACCCCAUUGGCAGCCAUGUUGCCCCCCGAGUUGGCUACAGUAGAGGUUACCACACUGUUUCCAGAGUUUCAACAUGGAGAGGUCCUGAGAUUUUCCCGUCUCUUCAAACCUGUUCAUACACCCCAUGUCUGGAGAAGGAAAAAGAAAAAAAAGACAGAAGAUGAAGAUCAAGAAGAAGCAGAAUUGAAGAAAAAAGAAGAAGAGAAGAAGAUGUCUCCAUUACAGAAGAUGAUAGCUCAUGCUAAUGAAGGAAAAGAACAGUCUGAAAGCCUCUCAGACUCUAAUACAGUUGAGGACAUGCAAACAGACGAGGAUAAUGAGGAGGAGGACUUUCAGUUGAAUCUGGGAAGACCAGCCCUGCCUGAGGAGUGCCUUUCUGAUGAUGAGGAAAAAAUGCUGAGAACAGAAGAAGAGAAAUCUACAACUGACCAGAAUAAAAUUUUGGGAGAGACAGAGCAAAGUGUGAAAAUAGAACCCUGGCGAUAUGGUCCUGCUCAAUACUGGUAUGAUUUCAUGGGUGUGGAUGAUUUGGGACGUGACUUUGACUACGGCUUCAAACUCAAACAGGAGAGCACUGAUUUGGAAAAUGAAAUUUGUGCUAAUCCAAACCCAAAGAAGGUAGAGUUUUCUGAUGAGGUGUUCCUGAUGGUGACUCAGCUGCAGUGGGAAGAUGAUAUCAUAUGGAAUGGGGAAGAUGUGAAACAUAAGGUGAUUGCAUCCCUCAAACAAAAGGCUCCCUCUGCUGGCUGGAUCCCCAGCACUUCUCAUCGCACUGCUACCCAGUUCACCACUCAGGGGAAACCUAAUGAUAUCAUCAGUGGAUUGACACCCAAAGUACCAAUCCUAAAUCCUGGCUACUCAAAGACUAUCCCUGGCAUGUCUCCCAUUAUAAAACAAGGAGAUGGCGCUGAUUCCAAGGAGAAGAUUUACUCUAUAUUUCCUAUAGAGAAUCAGGAACUAAUUUAUGGCCGCUGGGAGGAUGACAUCAUUUGGGAUGCAGAGAAUAUGACUAAGAUCCCAAAGCCACAAGUCUUGACGCUGGACCCAAACGAUGAAAACAUUAUACUGGAACUGCCAGAGGAUAAUGACCCCGAUGCCAAAUCUGUACCCGCUAAAAAAGAAAAGGAGAUUAAGAAGUCAAAGCUGUUACUAAACAAAGCUGGUAUUACUAAAGAGGAAGAGGAAGACGAGGAAAAGAAUGCACCCAAUCUACAGGAGAAGGAUCCAUUUAAUAUUUCUAAUGAUGAAUACUAUAGUCCAAAAACUAUGGAGAAUGCAGUGAAAGGCAACCUUGGGGGAAGCCUUAUCCAGCAUUCCACACCUAGUCUUGAGCUGCGACAGCCAUUCUUCCCUACAUAUAUGGGCAUUGGGAAGCUUCGCACUUUCCACAGAAAUACCCUUAAGAGGUACUCCCAUGGGACCUUGUCUCUGCCUGGUCCACACCCAGUACUGCCUCUCCUCAAACAGAUCAAGAGGAAGGCAAGGCUAAGGGAGCAAGAGAGACAAGCAUAUGGAGGGGGUGAGAUUUUCUUCAUGAGGAACGCCCAGGAUCUAACUGGAAUGGAUGGGGAACUGAUUCUGGCUGAGUACUCAGAGGAGUAUCCUCCCUUAGUAAUGCAAACUGGCAUGGCAACGAAAAUAAAGAAUUACUACAAAAGAAAACCAGGGAAGGAUGCAAGCCCCCCUCAGUAUAAAUACGGUGAGCUGGCCUAUGCACAUACAUCUCCCUUCCUUGGAACACUCAGUCCAGGACAAUGUAUCCAGGCAUUUGAGAAUAACAUGUUCCGUGCAUCAAUUUUUGAACACAAGGUACCUGAGACAGACUUUGUCAUCAUCAGGAAAAGAGAUAAUUACUACAUUAGAGAGGUGGCAACCAUAUACUGUGUGGGACAGGAAGCAACAUUAACAGAGGUGCCAGGGCCCAAUUCUAAGCGAGCUAACAACUUCAUAAGGGAUUUCCUACAGGUUUUCAUCUAUCGACUCUUUUGGAAAAGCAAAGAUACACCAAAGAGGAUCAAAAUGGAUGACAUCAAACAUGCAUUCCCCUCACAUUCUGAGAGCAGCAUCAGAAAACGUCUCAAACUUUGUGCAGAUUUUAAACGCACAGGUAUGGACUCUAACUGGUGGGUGUUGAAGCCAGACUUUCGCCUGCCAACGGAGGAUGAGAUGAGGGCUAUGGUAUCCCCGGAGCAGUGUUGUGCCUACUACAGUAUGCUUGCCGCAGAACAGAGAUUAAAGGAUGCUGGGUAUGGAGAGAGAUCAUUAUUUGCUCCAGAGGAUGAUAAUGAGGAGGAAACACAAAUGAAGAUUGAGGAUGAGGUGAAGACGGCUCCAUGGAACACAACACGGGCGUACAUUGCCUCUCUCAAGGGCAAAUGUCUGCUAGACCUGACAGGUGUGGCCGACCCUACAGGAUGUGGUGAGGGAUUCUCCUAUGUCAAGGUUCCAAAUAAACCACAGCCUAAGGAAGAGGGCCAGCAGCAGACACCACAGAAAAAGACUGUCACUGGAACAGAUGCUGAUCUCCGCAAACUGUCGCUCAAGGAUGCUAAACAGUUACUGAGAAAAUUUGGACUGCCAGAUUCAGAGAUUCGAAAGUUGUCUAGAUGGGAGGUGAUUGAUGUAGUCAGAACCAUGUCAACAGAACAGGCAAAGGCUGGACAAGACGGUCAAGUGGGUAUGAGUAAGUUUGCCAGAGGGAAUCGCUUCUCAGUGGCAGAGCAUCAGGAACCCUGGAAGAAGUUUUGCCAAAGAAUUUUUGAUGUCAGAAACAGAGUAUUAUCCUCAAACGAAGUCUUGUCAACAGAUGACGAUUCCAGUUCUGGCAACGAAUCUGACUUUGAGGAAAUGGGCAAGAACCUUGAAAGCAUGCUAGCAAAUAAGAAAACAAGUUCUCAGCUGAGCCAUGAGAGAGAAGAGGCAGAGAGACGAGAACUACACAAGAUGAUGUUGAUGGGUGAAGACAGCAAGGACAAGGGUAAACAAAAGGAAGAAGAUAUCAACGCAGCCAACAUGGCUGGUCGCAAAUUGAAGAUUACUAGAACAUUUAGAAAUGAUGAAGGAAAGGAAUACACGAGGACAGAAUGGGUGUUAAAGCCAGCUGUGAUUGACACUUAUGUUAGGAUUCGGGAGAAAAAGGACCCGUCAUUUAUUAAAAAUUUUGCCGCUAUGGAUGAUUCUAUGAAGGAGGAUAUGAGGAGAGAGAAAAGAAGACUACAAGAGCGUCUGAGGAGGAUAAAGAGAAACGAAGAAAGAGAGAAAUUUGCUCCACCCCCCAUAAAGAAAAAGAAAAAGCAAGAACCAAUCUCUAUCAAAGCCAGCAAGUUAAAGUGUGGUGCAUGUGGACAGAUUGGUCACAUGAGGACCAAUAAAGAAUGUCCAAACUACAACAAAGUGGGUAAUGUGGCCCCUGUUCAGGUGGCCAUGACGCAAGAAGAGGAAGAAGAAGAGGAAAAGAAUCUCCUGGUGGACAACGAUCUCAUUAACGUGGAGGGCACUAAAAUCAAGUUUUCUAAGAACCUUGUGGAGCAUGCCGAACAAGUGAAGAGAAAGUCCCUCUUGCUCAAGUUCCCAAAGCAGGCUUUCAAACCAGAGAAAAAGAAACGCGUUGGAUCCGUCAUACAUUGUGAUUACUUGAAGAAGCCUAAGCAGACAUCAAAUCGAAGACGCACUGAUCCUAUAGUAACCCUAUCUACUGUGUUAGAGAGUGUACUUAAUGAGAUGAGAGAUCUGCCAAAUGCACAGCCGUUUCUAUUCCCUGUCAGUACUAAAGAGGUACCAGACUACUAUAGGGUUGUUAAAAUUCCAAUGGAUCUGCAGACCAUCAGAGAGGGUCUCAGAAACAAAAAAUACACAUCCAGAGAGACAUUCCUCAUAGAUGUUAACCAGAUUCUUGAAAACAGCAAAAUGUAUAAUGGUGCGAAAAGUGCUUUGACGUUGACUGCCCAACAGUUGCUGAACCUGUGUCUGAAGCGAUUUGCUGAGAAAGAGGACAAAUUGAUGAGGCUCGAAAAGGCCAUCAAUCCUCUACUGGACGACAAUGACCAAGUGGCAUUCACUUUCAUCCUCGAAAAUAUCAUCGCUCAGAUGAAGGCAGUAGAAAAUUCCUGGCCAUUCCAUGCUCCUGUGAAUAAGAAGUUUGUUAAGGAUUACUAUGAAGUCAUUCCACAUCCAAUGGACCUCGGAACACUCCUCAAGAAAGUCCAAGCUCACAAGUACCAGACACGGGAAUCAUUCUUGGAAGAUUGUGAUCUCAUACCAAUCAACUGCAGCAAAUACAACGGAAAAGACAGCCCACUUACAGAAACUGCCUUCAGAAUGGUGGAUAUCUGUAAACAGGCACUGGCUCAGAAUGAAGAGCACCUGAUCCAGCUGGAGGCUGAUAUUCGAGCUGCUCAGGAAGCUGCUUUAGAGGCUGUGGAGACUGACAGUAUCAUGACAGGCACAUCAGCCAAUCCUGAUGACUACAGCCUGUUGGGUAUGGACAAUGAGAGUAUGGAUGAGGGGAACAGUUUGGGGACAUCAAGAGAAAACAUCACCAUAGCAGAGGACAAUAGCAGUCCAUCAAAACGCUGGGCGGGAGACGACUCUGGCAUGUCUGGAGGGGCAGUGCCAGAGGAGUAUGACUCCGAGUUUGUAGAUGUGGAGGGAGAUGAAGAAGGCGAUGUUGAAGGAGAUGAAGAUAAUGCUGUGGACAUGAGCUUUAGUCAGCAGAGCAGUGACCAAACAUCGGACCAGGUGAUGAACACCACAGGUGAGGUGGACGAGUCAUUGGCACAGGACCUACAACUUACACCUGAAAAUUCCGACAAUGAGGACCAAGUGAUAGGUAAGCAAAGUGAUAGUGAAGAGGAAGGCGACACAAGCAUGGACAUGCAGACAUAUGGGGAUGGGCAACAAUACUAUGAUGGUACUGCCCAGUCUUACCUGGCCCCACCUCCUCAGGAUGUUGAUGAAAAUAGCUUUGACCCCUCCGACUUCUUCAUGCAUAGUGCUCUUGCCAGCGAGGCUGCUGCUCAACAUGUGAUGGAAAACAAAGAGGGUAACGAUAUUAAUAUGGACCUGCAGGUCUCGGAGUCUGAGGAAAGUGACGCCGACCAGGAGGGAGCAGAACAGGGGGAAGACCAAUCCAAUGAUGGCUUUGAUAUAGAUGAAUUCCUACAGUGAUUUUAGGAAAGUUGGGAUGAAUAUAUGAUCAUCAUUUUGAUAUCGACGUGUCUUAGUUACUUUGUCUGGAUGGCUCAAGGUCACCAACCAGAUACUCAUUACAGAAACAUUUUCUGCUGCGAUGAAAGGUCAGGUGUUGCCCUUAAAAAAUGUACCCGUCUGAUAUCAGAUGUUACACAGCUGACAGUAUUUUAGUGCUAGAGAACAUGUUUAAGUUAUACUCCACAUAUUGUUGGGUACAAAUGAUCAGUGGCCAUCACUACAGUUUCUCGAUCAUAACAUUGAACAACUCAUCAAUCAUGUGAUCAUUUUAUCAUCAAAAUAUUAUUUAUUUUUACCUGAAUCAUGAUAAUUUGUACUUUUCAGGUGGUUAUUUUGAUUAUUCUGAGAUAAAAUUUCGGGUAAAUCUAUCUGACAACAAAGACACUCUCAUUAUUGGUCUGUUUAUAAUCAUCUCACAAUAUUUUUAUCUUUAUAUUUUUGACCAAUCACAGUAGAGCAUAUCUUUACUCCUGUGUCACUUCCUUUUGAACUAACUGAUUAACAUGACAAUGUUACUCAGACAUCAUGAGGCAAGUCAUGGUAAUAAGUGUACUCUAAUGCCUUCGUGGCUGGUAGACACAGACAGCAAUUUCAGAAGAUGUGAUAUUCUUCUUUUCAAAUUUGUGGAUAUGUGUAUAAAAUACCAAUGAGUGAUAUGUAUGAGUGUACAGGUGUCCAUGUAAAUGUUUGUGACUGUAUCUUCUCCUAUUUGAUGUUGGUAUAGUUACUUUGGCUGGUACAAAUCGUUAUGUAGAAUGAGACUUACUGGAGAACUUGUUAGAAAUGGAGAUUAGGUGAGAUUUGAGUGAGAUGAGAUGGACAACUUGUCCUAAAUAAGGGAUGUACUAGAUGUUUGAGUGAGAUGAGAACUUGUCUAGGAUGUCCAUGAAACAUCAAUGUAUAGUGACUGAAAGGGUUACGUGUGAAGUUGGAUAGAAAUAAAAUCAAACAGCUGAAAUUUUG